AUGACGCAGGCGGAGACUACUUAAGGGCGGAUUAGAGGCGGCGGCGCGGAUUCCCAGCCCCGCAGCCGGCUCUGCGCUCCGCCCCGGCCUCGCAGGUGGCAGCGCGGGAGCGCUCCGUGCCCACUGAAGUGCCAGGCGCGGGGCUGGUGCCCGGACCCUUUCCCGGCCCCCAGCCCCGGGUGGGGAGUGGCGCCCAGAGACCUCUCCGCGGGGCGCGAGAGUUGGAGGAGCUGCAAGCUGCCACCCAGCCCCGCCCCUCUCCCGGGCACGGUGGGCUCAAAACCUGACCCUCCGGACGCGCCGCUGGAGGUUGUGCCGGCUCGCUGGACUGCGCCAGCUGCCCCAUCAGUCGGGGUGCGCUUGAAUUUCUUUCCCCAUUUUUCUCUUUUAAGUACAAUAAACGGGAGAGGAGGUUCGUGAUUUUUUUUUUUUAAUUGUUUGCUUUUUUAAUCGCGGGGCAAUUCGCUCCCAGCGGGGACGUGCGGCCCCGGGUGGGGCCAGGAGCAGGAAGGUGCCCGGUGCUGCCCACUCUUUGUCUGCUGCCUCCGGAUGCACAGCGAUGGGGGAAUGGACCAUCUUGGAGAGGCUGCUGGAAGCCGCGGUGCAGCAGCACUCCACUAUGAUCGGGAGGAUCCUGUUGACCGUGGUGGUGAUCUUCCGGAUCCUCAUUGUGGCCAUUGUGGGGGAGACAGUGUACGAUGACGAGCAGACCAUGUUUGUCUGCAACACCCUGCAGCCUGGCUGUAACCAGGCCUGCUAUGACCGCGCCUUCCCCAUCUCGCACAUUCGUUACUGGGUCUUCCAGAUCAUAAUGGUGUGUACCCCCAGUCUCUGCUUCAUCACGUAUUCUGUGCACCAGUCCGCCAAGCAGCGAGAACGCCGCUACUCGACUGUCUUCCUGGCCCUGGACAGAGACCCCCCUGAGUCAAUGGGUGGUCCUGGAGGAACUGGGGGUGUGGGCAGUGGUGGUGGAAAACGAGAUGAUAAGAAGAUGCAAAAUGCCAUUGUCAACGGGGUGCUGCAAAACACAGAGAACACCGGCAAGGAGACAGAGCCAGACUGUUUAGAGGUUAAGGAGCUGAACCCACACCCGUCAGGGCUGCGCACUGCAGCGCGAUCCAAGCUCCGGAGGCAGGAAGGCAUCUCCCGCUUCUACAUUAUCCAAGUGGUGUUCCGAAACGCCCUGGAGAUUGGGUUUCUGGUGGGCCAAUACUUUCUCUACGGCUUCAGUGUCCCAGGUUUGUACGAGUGUGACCGCUACCCCUGCAUCAAGGAGGUGGAGUGUUACGUGUCCCGGCCUACCGAGAAGACCGUCUUCCUGGUGUUCAUGUUUGCCGUGAGUGGCAUCUGCGUUGUGCUCAACCUGGCUGAACUCAACCACUUGGGGUGGCGCAAGAUCAAGCUGGCUGUGCGAGGGGCACAGGCCAAGAGGAAGUCAGUCUAUGAGAUCCGCAAUAAGGACCUGCCCCGGGUUAGUGUUCCCAACUUUGGCAGGACUCAGUCCAGUGAUUCUGCCUACGUGUGAAGGGGCAGGUUUUGGGAAGGCCCAGGGUAUGACGUUGCCCUGAGGCAGAUGACUAUUUGAGAGUGGUUACUAUCUGCCCUCAAUUAUUGUACUCUCACUAUUGAGAUACAGGAAAAGGCUGGUUAGGAGAAGACAUUGCAUCAAUGGGAGAAGAGAGAGAGAAUCAUUAGUACAUCAUACCUCUGGUUCCACAGAGACAAUUGGGUAGAGUGAUGAGAUGGAUGAGUUGGCCUUUUUUGGAUCUUCUUACUUUAUGGCCUAGUCUGAUCUUAAUAACAGUGGGACUUGUACAGCUGCCAACUAGGACUUAGCUCUGCUGAGCUCUGUAUCCUGGUGAAUGGUGUGAGUCAAACACUUCAUUGGUACAAAAUUUGUGACUUAUCUCAACACAUCCCUUCAUCCUAGGCUUGCAAGACAAACAUCCUUGAGGCAUUCUUCAUGCAUCUCCCUCAUCAGCAUGCCCCUUUCCUCAAUCCAAGAUAGCAUGCGAGCUUUUUCUUUUUUUAAUCUGGCCUUACAGUAGACCUAAUAUGGUUUACCUGAAAGCUAGAGGGAAUUACUUGGGGUGCGUUUUGGAGAAUGGUCUUGACAAAGGUUUGCAUUAGAGCCCCAUAUGACUGGCCCUUAGUCAUUAUGAAAACCUUAGGAAUGUCUCAAUAUUUCCAAUUUUCUAGCUCAAACUGCACUGGUGCUCUUUAUUGGGGAUAGGGUUUGGGUGGGAGGGAGGGAAUUGUGAUAUGCAAUUAUAACACUUCUGUGAGAUGGUUGUUGCACUGUUAGGCAUGUGUUUAUGCGCUUUGGGAUACUUCUGCCUUCCAGUAUGUGGACUUUGGAUAGCAUUAAAAUAUUUUUUUGUUAAUAUCAAAGAUUUCUACUCAAACCACAGAAUUUCUAGCUGGUGUAUUCCAUUUAUUUUCUAAUAUAGUUUUGUUGUGCAACACAGCUGCACUUCAUUUUGCCACUGUUUGGAUUUACCUGUGUGCUCACACCAGAGACCUUAAUUAGCCCAUGUCAGCCCCUUAUUUGUUAUUUUAUCAGUUAUUUUUGAAAUCUCCACAAAAUCACUGGAACUAAAUAUUAUUGGCUAACAUGUGAUUAUGAAUGCUUAAGACAUAUACCAAAGGUUUAAAAAAACCUGUUGCUUUGAACUGUGAGUAUAUUUCCCUUUCUUUGCUCUUAUUUAUUUAAGUGCCAUACAAUACCUUUUACAUCCACUGUGUAUUUAGUUAAAGCAUUGGCCAAUAGUAAUAUUUGGAUAAUGUGCUUUUAUGAGUUUUGUUUCCUUUGCAUUAUGAUUUUUAUUUAGAUAUGGAUGCAGUGUAACACACAACUGAGGAUUUGUUUAAAAUAAAGUUCUUUCCUUUUUUGA